AUGCCGCAAAAGACAAUGAAGAGGGCAAGCGCGACCGUUAUGGAGGACCUGCCUGGUACGGGGGUGAGUGAGGGCUCUUCGUACAGCAACGCCGAGGCAUUGGCGACGGUGGGCGCCCGUGGCUGCAUGCCACCGCAGCGUUCCAGCAAGCGCAUGCUGAACCAGGAGAUUAGUCUUCUGAUGCUGAUACUCGCCGCCCAGACGAUCACCGGGAUGGUCAACAUUCAGGACAGCGUGCUGAGCACGGAGCUGGUGGCCGAUUCGCACAACUUCCGCGGACGCCCUUCGCUGAAGAAUGAGAGCCAUUUUUCCUCCUCGUACUACUCGUCUGCGUCGUCAGACAAACACGUGCCGUUCAUGGACAUGUCCGAGGGGAUUUCCUCCUCCACCGCGGGCUCUCAUGUCAGUGAGAACUUCGACGACGACGGUGACGAGGAGGAGGAGGUCGUCUACCGCUUCGCUUCGCAGCUCACGGCGCCGCACCGCUCCAAGACGCACUUCUCUCACAACGAGGACGUUUGGGAGAACAUCUUCAGCUUCUUGCCCUGGGAGGCUGCGAUGCAGGUGCGCGGCGUGAGCCGUUUCCAUUUCCUCCAGUCUUUGCCGCGCGUCACGGUUGCCCGCAUGCCGCAGAGCAAGGUGCCGGCCAUCUUCAUUCCCUGCCUGGAGGAUCUCGACAGGAACGAGAUGGAGAUUGAGGCAGAGCUGGCCCCGCAGCACCAGACACCGUGGUCGUGCCCGCACUGCUCCCUCUUCAACGCACACGGGGCCGUGUGCGGCAACAGCCACUGCCACCAGCCUCACCCGCAGAGCGGUCAGCGCCUCUUUCUCGGUCAGCUGCGCCGCACCGGCACGGUGCCCAUGGUGCGUUGGCUGGUGAAUAACGUCUUUAAUGCCUCGACUGGUGCACUGGUUUCAGUGGAGAACCGCCGCAACACGCACACACAGCGUGGCAAGGGGUGCGCGUGGCCCACGAUCAACGACCAGGCCACCGUGAAACGGAUGCUCGAUACGCACCAUCGUCUCUUCUUUGACUCGGUGAACGGCGUGGAGGGUGUGUGGCUAGUGCCGGAGGGCCACGAGAAGGCGCUGCAGUCGGAGGUGUCGAUGCGGUACAACAGCGGCGCCCAUCAAAAGCACAUGCCGCGCGGCACGAUUGUCGUGGAAACCCCAUCGGGUCCGUUUUUUGUUGCAGGGCCUGCUGCGGCACCCUUGAGCAGCGCCAAGGGGAAGGACGUGGAUGCCACAGAGGAAAUGCAUGGGGACAGGGUGCGCAGUGGUACCGGUUUGUCGUACUCUGCUGCCUUCCAGUCGAGUCUCUCAGACUCGAGCUACCACCCGACGAGCACCCCACUUCCUCCCUACCAGUUCAAACGGGAAGCGCAGCCGGCGACAGGGGAUACCGCUUCUGAGUACUGCGGGUACAAUGACGCAGCCAGCUUCAUGCCGUAUUCCAUUCCCGGGGUAGACUUUGUGCGCUUUGGUGUGUACCGCCUGAACCCCUAUACGGUUCUCAUAUAG